AUGAACUCGAUGGACGAAAUCAACCUGCUUCGGCAGGCGCAGCGGCAGCAUCAGCACCACCUCGUGGUGCGCGGCAUCGGGGAGGAGAUCGACCUCGAGAUCGGCCCCGGCGACGACCCCUCGUUCUCCGGAGCUUCCUUAGUGGCCGUCACGUCCACGCACGACACCGUCGUCCACGCCGACGACCACAAGAGCCUCCUCAUCCCGUGUUCGCAGACCGGCGCGGCGGACGGGCUGGCGCCGCAGCAGAACCUGGCGCAGGGGGAGGAAGAGCAUGACGGGAUGCUCAGGCAACCGUCGGGGCACACCAAGAAGAAGAAGAAGGUGGUGAAGAAAUGGCGGGAGGAGUGGGCGGACACCUACAAGUGGGCCUACGUCGCCGUGCACGACAACACCACCAGGAUCUUCUGCUCGGUGUGCAAGGAGUACGGCCGGAAGCACCGCCGGAAUCCAUAUGGCAACGAGGGAAGCAGGAAUAUGCAGAUGAGUGCGCUUGAGGAGCACAACAAUAGCUUGUUGCAUAAGGAGGCGCUCCGGUUGCAGAUGGCCUCCAAGGAGAAGUUGCAGCCUCCCGAGAUCGAGAGGCCGGUCUAUGUCAAAGCUUUAUCGAAAACAGCGGCGUCAAUACUUGAAUGUGUCCUAAGGAGGGAUCCCCAUGAAGCUGAAUAUAUACAGUCCAUCCAGGUGGUGGUUCAUUCCUUAGAACCAGUUUUGGUGAAGAAUACCCAAUAUAUUCAAAUUUUGGAGCGUUUGUUGGAACCUGAGAGAUGCUUUAUCUUCAGAGUGCCAUGGAUUGAUGACAGAGGUGAAGCACAUGUCAAUAGAGGUUUCCGUGUGCAAUUCAGUCAGGCGUUAGGUCCAUGCAGGGGCGGUCUUCGGUUUCACCCAUCCAUGAGCUUAAGUGUGGCAAAGUUUCUGGCCUUUGAACAUACUUUGAAGAAUGCUUUGUCACUGUAUAAACUUGGAGGUGCUGCUGGAGGAAGUGAUUUUGAUCCAAAGGGUAAAAGUGAUAAUGAGAUAAUGCGCUUUUGCCAAAGUUUCAUGGAUGAGCUGUAUAGAUAUUUGGGCCCUGAUCAGGAUUUUCCCGCUGAAGAUAUUGGUGUUGGUCCAAGGGAAAUGGGUUACCUUUUUGGGCAGUAUAGACGCCUUUCUGGUCAUUUUCAGGGAAAUUUUACAGGACCUAAAAUUUUCUGGUCAGGGUCAAGUUUUCGAACAGAAGCUACUGGAUACGGUCUGGUGUUUUUUGCGCGUAUUUUACUUGCUGAAAUGAACAAAGAGCUUAAAGGAUUAAGAUGUGUUAUCAGUGGUUCUGGAAAGAUAGCAAUGCAUGUUUUGGAAAAGCUUUUGCCUUGUGGAGCCAUUCCUGUUACUGUCUCAGAUUCAAAGGGAUAUUUGUUAGAUGAAGAUGGGUUUGAUUAUAUGAAAUAUUCACUUCUAAGGGAUAUUAAGGCUCAGCAAAAGAGCCUCAAGUGGGUACAUGCCUUUCCCUUAUUUUUAGAUUGUACAUGUGGAGUUUUUCAGAUAUCUUUCUCCAUUUAUUCAAACAGGGAGUACUUGAAAUCAUAUCCACAUGCCAAGUAUAUUGAUGAUGCAAAACCAUGGAGCGAGCAGUGUGAUGUUGCAUUCCCUUGUGCAUCACAUAAUGAGAUUGACCAAGGGGAGGCCGUUGCAAUCAUCAACUCUGGUUGUCGUGUUCUUGUCGAAUGUUCAAAUAUGCCGUGCACUGUUCAAGCUGUUGAUAUCCUAAGAAAGGCAAAAGUUAUUGUUGCUCCAGCAAAGGCAACUGCUGCUGGUGGGGUAGCACUUGGAGAGCUUGAAUUGAAUCCAGAGUUUAAUUUGAUGCAGUUGUCAGUGGAGGAUUUUGAGAAUAAAAUUCAAGAUGCAAUAAAGCAAACGUAUGAAAGGUCCAUCAAAGCUGCUCAAGAUUACGGGAUCAUGAAAGAGAGCCCCGAGUUUGUUUUCUUGUGCUUUGAAAAAUCAGAUGAUGCUUUCACUUGGUUUCAUUCGAGAAGCUGA